AUGUGCUUUGAUGCUGGAAAGCAGGUACUCCCAAACGUCAGCGAGGAUAGCAAGAGGGGACGCCCGUUACCAUGCCUAGUCUUGCUUGCAUUGGCACUUGGCCAGCCAUCCACACGAAGGGGAAUUCAGAGCAAGGGGAGGGAAAGGCUAAAUAUCAAUUGGCCUGCUCUUGUGGCUUGGAGGAACCACUGCGAUAUCUUGCCGUCGUUUGCUUCCUGCCGGGGCUCGGAUCCAAUCGCAAAGACAUUUGGUCCACAUGAUCUGAGACAAGCCAGAUGA